UGGACAAGAAAACAAGCUCAAAACGUCAAAAUAAGUACUAUUGUUUUAUUUUCUUUAUUAUUUUAUUUCUUCUUUCAAAAGUCUUACCUUGAUCAGAUUUUUUGCUCCUAUUUUUUUCUCUUCCUCCAAACACUGGAUGGUCAAGUGGCAAAAACCAAAUAGAUACUGUAAGUCCUUUUUUUGGGUUAAUUUUUAUUCUCUCUUGUAGUGAAAAAGAAAAUAAAAAAUAAUGUAUAAACAUAAAUUUACAGUUUUUUCAAUCUUGGAGCAGAUUUUUUUUAAAACUCUUUAUUCUGUAAUAUAAAUAAAAAAUUUUGGUUUUUGAUAAGUUGUUAAUUCCUGGCUGCUUUUAAGUUAAAAAUACCGGUACAUGUAAGCUGUUGCUUGUUGUUUGGAUGUUGAGAAAACUGGAAAAAGAAAAGAGAAAUACUUGUUUUUUUGAAGUAAUAAAAGAGAAAUACUUGAAUCAAAAUAUGGAAUAAAUUUGAACUUUAGCACAAUAUUGAGUUAAACUUUUUUAUUUUCUUUGAGUCCUGAGAAAUUGGAAACAUGUUUGGUUGCUGGGAAAAAUGAAGAAAGAGAACGCCAAAAAAAAAAAAAAAGAAUAUUUUUACAUUAAUUUGGUUUUUCUCAACAAGAGUUUAAGAUUCUUUGGUAUUUGUGGCGGUUUUUUCCUAGCUAAGGAUGAAACGAUUGUUUUAUAGUUUUAGUUGCUGAGAAAUUCGAGGAAAGGAAGACAAAUAUGUAUAAUUUGUCUUUUUUUAAUUAUUAUUUUUUUGCUAUGAACAAAAAUUCUUGUUUGGAAGCUGUAAUUUUUUUACUUAUAAAAGUAGAUAUGCAUCAGAAAUUGGAGGUUUAACAGAGGACAGUUUUUUGUUGGUUUGCUAAAGAUUGAGAGAAAAGAAGAACAAUCGAUCAAAGGCUUUCACUUAUGCUGCUUCUCUUGCUUCUCAACUUAAAAAAGCAAGAAAAGAACUUUUCCAAAUGGAGCAGCCACUUGAGAACCUCCAUGACAAAAAUGAUCAUGUUCUUGAUAUUCCAAAUGAUGUUCAACAUGGGAAUAAUGUUCUUUCAAGGAAUUCUCAAGGACCUGUGAUUCAGCCUACCCCCUCUGGUGGAUCUAGUCAUGGGAGUUUUAUAUCAUCUUUUAGCUUUUGGAUUUACAUUAGACUAGUUUUUAAUAUAACUCAGAUUGCUGCAUCAAUGGCUGUUCUAGUAGUUUCGAGGAAUGAGAAGCAUCAAGCUCCAUUGUCCAUUUGGAUUGUGGGUUAUGCAGUGGGGUGUGCUGCUAGUAUUCCCAUCCUAUUCCAUCAUUGUUUUCUUCCAUAUCCCGUGCUUAGCAGAUUUUUGGAGCGCUUUAAAUGGAUGGUAAAAGUGUACUUUUUUAUCUGGUUUGUAAUUGGCAAUGUUUGGCUAUUCGGGGGGUACCCUUCUCCAGGGGCUCCAAAUUUGCGCAGGUUAUGUGUAAUGUUUCUUGUCUUUAGCUAUCUUGAGUUUACUAUGCCCUUCAUCCUGUGUGCUGUUUUAGCAUGCUGCUGUGGAGACCUAGGUCUAAUUAGAGGAGCCACUUCAGAAUGCAUCAAUUCUCUGCCAACAUACACUUUCAAGUUACAGAAAGAUGGUAGUGGCAGCAUAAGGACAAUCAAUUCAGAAGUUAAAGGAGGGGUUGAAGCAGCAGGAGAUGAAAAGGAAUGUGCUAUUUCAGGGGAUGAUGCAGUUUGUUGCAUUUGUUUGGCAAGUUAUGCGGAUAAUGAUGUGCUGAAGGAGCUCCCUUGCUCUCAUUUCUUCCAUUCCAGCUGUGUAGAUAAAUGGCUAAAGAUUAAAGCAGUCUGUCCGCUUUGCAAAUGCACAAUUUUGUCGAAGAAAUGAGGGAUUGCUUUUUGCUAUUGGCAUUUGUCUGAUAAUCACACCACCCUUCCACAUACUUUCCUCUCCUCGUUCCAUUCUGCAACUUGCUCAUAUUAGCAAUUCUAGAAGACCAACAAAAUGAGAAACAGCAAAGAUUGUACAUUCGGACUACGAUAAUAUACAUCAUACUUAAAUACAAUCCUGUCGAUUUGUUCAUUUUUAAUGGACUUGAAUUUUAAAAUUCCACCUGGCUGCUCCUUUCUUUUCUGAAGGUUAAUCCAAUGAUGUUCUCAUCAUAAGCUCCAUUUUUGUUUUUUUGGUUUGUUUUUAUGGUAAUUAAAGUACCUUUUGAUAAUUUUCAGAAGUAAAUUUUGGUAGAAGUAAUAUCACAUACGCAGGUUUUUUCCAUCAACAUACGGUUAAAGACAAACGUACUUAAUAUUGUUUUUUCAUCUUCUGAGUUUUUGGUUGUAGUAAGUGUUGGAAACAAAAGAUAAAAGUCCCAGGGUUGAUUGUGCUGCACUGUUGCAGAUAAAGACCACCUUUAAAUGGAACGAGGAUGAUAUUGGGAAUGGUAAAGCUCAAUAAAUCUUGAAUUGAAUUACAUCUUUCAUUGGAACAUGGGAUACCAUUUCUCAAGGCAUUCCAUAAAUGAAGUGUUACCCUUCUAUAACAACCAAUUUCAGCUUAUUUUUUGCCUGCUGAUAAAAGAUAAGAAAAAUAUAUGCAGAGUCA